CCGAAUUUUUGUCUAUAUAUAAUCAUCUCUUGCAAUGUAAGAACACAUCAACUAAAGCAAUAGGCACAAUGAGUUGUAAGCUCCUCCAAACUCUCACCACAGCAGUCCUGUGCCUCUACAUUGUCGAGGCAGCGACAACUCAGCUUCAAGUCGGGUUCUAUCAGCGCUCGUGUGGCUUUGCUGAGUUCGUCGUGAAGCAAGGCGUUCGAGCUGCGUUCAUCAACGACAAUGGAGUUGCUGCAGGCCUUGUUAGGUUGCAUUUUCAUGACUGUUUUGUAAGGGGGUGUGAUGGAUCUGUGCUGCUAGACUCCAUCGGUUCACCCAAGGCAGAGAAGGAUUCACCCGCGAAUAAUCCAAGCCUUCGGGGAUUUGAGGUCGUUGACAGCAUCAAGGCUAGGCUCGAGGCCAUGUGCCCGGGGGUAGUCUCGUGUGCUGAUAUACUCGCAUUUGCAGCUCGGGACAGCAUUGAGAUGGCCGGAGGACUGGGGUACGACGUCCCUGCAGGGAGGCGAGACGGUAGAGUUUCUUUAUCGGAGGAGGCAAACGGAAACCUACCACCACCAUCACUCAAUGUGGAUCAACUCACUAAAGCAUUUGCAGACAAGGGGUUAACACAAGAGGAAAUGGUCACUCUUUCUGGGGCGCAUACGCUGGGGCGGUCCCACUGCACGUCUUUUAGCAACCGGCUCUACAACUUCAACGUGAACUCGAGCAUAGACCCGACUCUGGAUCCCCUGUAUGCGAGCCAGCUCAGGCAGCAGUGCCCGCAGGGGGGAGACGCGAGCCUGGUGGUGCCGAUGGAGGCCACCCCUGCCACAGCUGACGUGGCGUACUACAGAGCUGUGGCGACAAAUAGAGGGCUGUUCACGUCCGAUCAAACGCUGCUGACGGACCAACGGACGAGAGCUCAAGUGUUCCAAAAUGCUCAAAACCCAUUCAUUUGGAAAAGCAAAUUUGCUUCAGCAAUGGUGAAUAUGGGAAAGAUUGGAGUUUUAACUGGCAAUGCUGGUGAAAUUCGCAAGGAUUGUAGAGUGGUAAAUUAAUAGAAGAUGAAUAUCAUUUACAUAAAUUAAAAAUUUGGAAAGAUAUGAGGGCUAAAUUUUCGUUACUUCAA